GUUCCCGACCCGGUAAUUUCAAACCCGGACGCACGAGCUCAGCGGAGUUUAGCUUCGAGAACAACAAACACAACUUUAACUGAAAAAUAAAAGUCAGCGGAGGAUCGUUCCGGAGGUUUUCGUCUCAGUCCGAAGAAGAAGAAGAAGAAGAAGAAGAAGUUGCAGAAAUGGAAGAAGGAGAAACCGCAUCGCUGCUUGCCAGAAAAGACUUGCGUAAGCAGAAGUUGAUGGAAUAUUUGUCAGCAAAAGGAAGAAUGAAGCAGCCGAACCCGAGGCCAUACCUGCGGGGUGACUAUCAGAUCCAGACAUCAGUGAUACCUGCAGCGAAGGUUGUUAAGGGAAAAGAGAACAAAGCUUCAGUUGACACUUGUAAAUAUGAGGGGACAAAAGUUCCAACUCUGGCUGCUGAUGCCACAACACAGCCCCAAAGAAAACCCUUUGGUGUCACUAACAAAGUGAAUGGGAAAGGCAGCAUCCUGACUGCACGGCAAACUGCCAGAUAUCAAUCUUCAGCCAGUGACUCAGACCUGUCAGGUCUUAAUAGAAACUCAUUGCUCAUACAAACUAUCUCUGCUGGUCUGUUGGGAAAGUCCCACCCGAUUUCAGCCAGCCACACCAAAAGACAGCCAAGAAUGCGGUCUUCAAGCAGAGCCUCUUCAAAUUCAGCAUCCCACAGCAAAGUCGACAGGAGUUCCAGUGCCUCUUCAGAUUUAAUAAAAACAGGCAGUAACAGAAUGAGCCUCUGCCCCAUCGUUAAAACAAAAACAGGGCUCAUCUCUGCCGUGAUACAGCCAAGAAAAACAAAGACAUGUUCAUCCCACGCCUCUGCUGUUUCUGUCGCCAAAAAGGUGCACUCCAGUACAUCGGCAGCAGGUUCCCUGAAGUCUGUUACGUCUCUGCAGAAAACGCUUCACACUACUGCGCUAAACAACCAUGUGAAUAAGAAAACAACAGUUUCUUCUGCAGCAAUAACUGGGUGUAAGAUUCCACCUCAGAACAAGUCUAAUGCAAAACCACUUUUGGAUAAACACUGUCUGUCGUCUCGUAAGGGUCAGUUAUCCAGUGAACCAAAGCCAUUGCCCACCUUUAAAUGCAAAGCAGCACCUGUGCAGCCAGUGAGAAGAGAAGGGACGACGAAAACUCAUAGUUUGGCAGGAAAGUCCACAGACGGGUUAAUGAAGCAGAAAUCUGAUGCUUGGGGGGGGAGAAAUGGUCAAACGCACAAAGUUUCCACUCAAACAUCCUCGGGGCCAGCGAGCAGGAGCAGUUUCCGAGCGGACAGGCGGGUAAGGCAAGGCGAUGUGGUCGAGCUGGGAGGGAAAACCAAGACAAGUAAAGAGACACAAAGCAAGAAGGGACACAGUUCCUCAAAUGCACCUCCACCACAAACUGGUAUAAAAAAAACUGGUGCUCCAGUGAUGUCACGGAGAGCGUCACAGCCUGUCCCGUCCCUCGGCCGCACACACCUAACCACAGACACGAAGACGCCGAAGGUCUCAGUCAGGGUCCUUCCCCAGACUGAGGUAAAGAAACUGACUGCUGCCCAGGAAGAAAGAAUGAGAAAACUGCAGGAAUGGCGGCAAGCUAAGGGCAUAUCCUACAAGCGCCCGCCGAUGCCGGUGAAACCUCAGGUGAGGCACACGGUGGCUGUGCCCCAGCCUUUCUGGACCGCCAUGAAGGAGGAGGAUGACGCCCACUCCCUCAUCAGUGCCAUUGACAGGUCCCUGGAUGACUGCAUUCAAUUGCUUGGAAAGGGCUGCCCUCCAGACCAGGUGAAGGAGGUUCUGUCGCGGCUGCCGACAGUGACACAGAAGUUUGCGAAAUACUGGAUCUGUCAGGUCCGUCUGAUGGAGCAGGAAGGCAACAUGGACGUCCUGCCCGUAUUUGAAGAGGCCGUUGGUGUUGUGUUGGAGCCCAUAGACGAGCUGCGGAACGUGGUGUUCGAGAUUCUGAAGAAAAAAGACGAGAUCCAAGCGCCUGAAACAAAGCAGGACCAACUGCCAUCAGCUGAGAGUUCUCCUGAGAGCAGCCACAACCCAAUGAUGACCCCCAAACCUGUGAGAGUCCUCAUCUCAGGGGAGAAAGGAAACUCGUCUGUAGUCAAGUAUAAGAUAACAGCGACUCCUGGUGGCCCUUCAAGACAGAAGAGAGAACCAACGCGGGUCAACGGCCAGGAGGUUCGCUUUUUCACUCCGGUGAGGCGCUCGGUGCGAAUCGAGAGAGCCUCGCCCCGAUAUCCCGUGUCCCUUCAGGACCACGACCUCUGCGUGGCCUCCUACAACGACCUGAUCUCCGAGGAGGACCACGACAUUAGUGGAGAGCGGGUGGACGGGGGAACCAGCCCGUCUGUUGAUGACGCGCCGAUGUUUAUCUACAGACAGAACGAAGCACUUAAAGAUAAGGUGCUCGUCCAGCUUGUCUGUGAUUAAGGUGUUUAGCCGUCAUCAGUUUGUAUUUGAAACAGAAUUCAAGUGACCAGCAUUUGUCAGUGUUCACAUAGCAGUGAAAAAAAAGUUUUAUCAUCCAGGCGUUUUAAGAAAUUCACACGCGGCAUCUGUAUUAUUUUAUCACUUCAACUAUUGUGUACAUAGUGAUGUCAAAUAAAUGUCUUUUUAUAAUA